CACACACACACACACACACACACACACACACACACACACACCGCGCUCCAGCUGAGCGUCAAAAAACCACACACGGCCACGGCGUUUUUUGCGGUGAAACACUGUCCAUUCCUCAUUAUUUUCGAUAUUGAACUCGGCCGAAUUAUCAGGAAAAUCACGAGAAAAAGGUUGGUAUAAGGCACAAACUGAAAUACGAAGCGCAAAUAUGACAAAAAACGAAAGUGAAACUUAAAUCGCGUGUUUUGGCGGCGCGACGUUUUUACCAGCUGGGCGUUCUUCAGGCGCUGAAAACAGGCAAAAUGAAGUAAAUUUCCCUUCAACACACAAUCUGGCUUAAUAAAGGGAAAUGGAUUUCCAACAGCAACUACUGGAUAUAGGAAAUGCCCUGCGGGCAGAGGAGGUGAAAUCCCUGGUGUUCCUCUGCACUGAUGUCCUGAAUCAAAACCCUGGCUCAGUGGAGUCGGCCAGCGACCUCUUCCGUCGCCUGAUGGAUCGGAACCUCCUGUCCCCGGAGGAUCCUCAGCUGCUGAGGGAGCUCCUCAGCAUUAUCCAGCGUCGUCAUCUGGUCCGUAACCUCAGGCUCCCCAAUCAAGGUCGUACCGCCAGGAUCACCAUUUCUCCCUACAGGAAGCUGCUUUAUGAACUGUCAGAGCAAAUAACUGAGGAGAACUUGAAAGACAUCAAGUUUCUGUUGUACGAGAAGCUGCCGCGUAAAAAACUGGCAGAAAAUGUGACCACGCUGGAAGUCUUCCUGCAGAUGGAGCAAAUGGACCUGCUAGGUAACACUGACCUGAAGGAACUGGAGACCAUCAUUGAGGCGGUGUGUCCCGUGUUGAAAAGAAAAAUCCAGGAUUUCAAAGCGCUGCCGGCACCUUUAACCAACAUAAUAGCUCAAGAGGAGGGUCGCCCGAGGUCACUGACUGAUCCUAAAGCUCCACACCAGGUAACCCCAUCUUUGGUAAAAACUGGAUCUUUUGAUGCAAAAGAUUUCGUUAAGGCGAAGGAUGAAUGUGAGAUUCUGACAUAUGGAUUUGGUGUUUUAUCGACUGAGACAGAAAAAUCUGCAAACCAGCAAACAGCAGGAGGUGACACGUCGAAAAAGCUUCCAGCUCACGGAAAAGAAAGUCCUGAAGACACAGAGGGUUUGAGAGCGUAUCCCAUGACUUCAGCAAAGAGAGGCGUCUGUUUGAUCGUGAACAACUACGACUUCAUGGAAUCCAGGGGGAAUUUCCGUCGGGGAACCAUGAUUGAUCAAGAAAACCUGUCCGCCGUGUUCCAGUGGCUGGGCUUUGAGAUGGAGAUACACAAAGACUGUGACAGGAAUAAAAUGCUGUCGGUGUUCCAAGCGCUCAGCAUAAGAGACCAUAGUCAGAUGGACUGCCUGGUGUGCUGCGUUCUCAGCCACGGCGUGGAGGGAAGCGUGUACGGCGUGGACGACAAGGCGGUCAAGAUCAAUGAACUCACGGACCCUUUCGACGGAUUAAAGUGUCGCUCUUUGGCAGACAAGCCCAAGAUGUUUUUCAUUCAGGCCUGCCAGGGCUCCGAGCCGCAGAGCGCCGUGUUCAUCCAGGCUGACGGCCCUGCGCUCAGUCCCAUCGAAUCUGACGCUGUGAGAAUCGUUGAGUCCAUCCCAGCCGGGGCAGAUUUCCUGCUGGGGAUGUCCACCGUUCCCUCGUUUGUCUCCUUCAGACAGACGGACACUGGCUCCUGGUUUAUUCGAUCCUUGUGCCAAAACCUUGUCCAGAUGGUGCCCAGAGGAAGUGACAUUGUCACUAUUCUUACGAAAGUGAAUGCAGACGUCAGCCAGAAGAGCGAUCCCUCUGGGAGGAGAAAACAGAUGCCACAACCAGCUUUCUCUCUCAGGAAGAGAGUGAUCUUUCCAGUCCCCACUGCUCCUCCUCCCAGCCUGAAGACAGCGCACCUGCUGAAAGACUGAGCCUCAUGAAACACGCUCUUCAUCUUUGUAAAUUUUUAAUGUUCUUUUAUGUUAUUGACCAUGCAUUGUCACUGAAAGAUGCAAUAAUACUUCCGUUAAUCUGUGUAAAUUUAAACAAAUGUACAUGUAUAUAUUUUAUAGGACGUCAUACCAAGAUUCAGCCCUUUUUCUCACUUUUUUCUCACACAAAAUUACAGGUUUACAUGAUUUAAAGAAGUUUGUUGCAUUUAUUAACAUGAUAAACAAUGAGUUUAGGCUAGGCUUAGGCUUAGGCAUUUCAAUCAUAGCUACAUUCACUUUUCACAAAUUAUCUGUGUUUUUUUGUACAGCAGAUAAAUUUUAUUGAGCUAUGAUAGCUAGAUAGAAUAGACUUUAUUGAUCUCACAGCAUGAAGUAAAAAAAAAGCUUUUGUUAUUUUUUUUCUGUGUAGCUUUUCAACUAUCCAUCAAAAAAAUAAAAGAAUAUUUUUUGCA